GAUCUGGGUUUGAGAAAAACCCAGAUCUGGGUUUGAGAGAAGAAGAAUAAGGGAGAAGAGAGAGAAAGAAAGAAUAAGAGGAAGAAAGAAGAAGGAUGAGGAGGGAGAAGGGAGAAGGGAGAAGGAAGGAGGAAAGGAAGCAGAAGAUGAAGUUUGAGACCCAGAUCUGGUUUGCAGAGGUAAGGGAAAAGGAAAGGUAAAGGAGAGACAAAGUGAAAGAGGAAGAAGAAAUGACGUGGAUGAAAAAAAAUUAUUAUUUUAAAAUUCAAUAAAAAUGCCAAUUAAUGCCAACUCAUAGGCCAACUAUGGUGUUUUUUUUCCAUGUCAUUAGUCAAGCAAAAAAAGAAUUGAUUUUGU